GGCGCUCGCCCCAACGGGGGCCGAGGCUGGCGGGAGCGGGGUGGCAGCCAUGAUGUCGACCUACAAGCGGGCGACGCUGGACGACGAAGACCCCCUGGACUCCAUCAGCGAAGGCGAUGGCUACCCCAACGGCUUCCAGGUGAACUUCCGCGGUUCGAGGAACAGCCCGGGGUGCUGGGCUGAGCGGACGCGUGCCGAGAAGCCGCUCAUGGUGCUGGUGGGGGUGCUGGUGGCCAUGCUGGUGGCAUGUCUGCUGGGCCUCAUCUUCCAGUACAGAGCCCGGCCGCCUGCCGUGUGCCUGUCGGAAGCCUGCAUCUCCGUCACCAGCUCCAUCCUCAGCUCAUUGGACCGGGCGGUGAAUCCCUGCGAAGACUUUUUCGGCUACGCCUGCGGGGGCUGGAUCAAGGCCAACCCCCUCCCCGAUGGCCACUCGCGCUGGGGCACCUUCAACAACCUCUGGGAGCACAACCAGGCCAUCAUGAAGCAUCUGCUGGAAAACACCACGGCCAACGUGUCGAGCGAGGCGGAGCGCAAGGCACAGCGUUAUUACCAAGCCUGCAUGAACGAGAGCAAGAUCGAGGAGCUGCGCGCCGCCCCGCUCGUGGAGCUCAUCCAAAAGCUGGGUGGCUGGAACAUCACGGGUCCCUGGGCAGGGGACAACUUCAACGUGACGUUGCGGGAGGUGACAGCGCAUUACCGCACCUCGCCCUUCUUCUCCGUCUACGUCAGCGCCGACUCCAAAAACUCCAACAGCAACGUCAUCCAGGUGGAUCAGUCAGGGUUAGGCCUGCCGUCGCGGGAUUAUUACCUGAACAAGACGGAGAAUGAGAAGGUGCUCGCCGGGUACCUGAACUACAUGGUGCAGCUGGGGAUGUUCCUGGGAGGCACCGACGAGGAGUCGACGCGGCAGCAGAUGCAGCAGAUCUUGGACUUCGAGACGGCGUUGGCCAACAUCACCAUCCCGCAGGAGAAGCACCGGGACGAGGAGGUCAUCUACCAUAAAAUGACGGCUGGAGAUCUAAAGGAGCUGGCACCGGCGGUGGACUGGAUGCCCUUCCUCUCCACGGUCUUCUACCCCGUGGAGCUCAACGAGUCGGAGCCCGUCGUGGUCUAUGCCAAAGAGUACCUGGAGCAGGUCUCCGACCUCAUCCUGGCCACCGAUAAAUGUCUCCUCAACAACUACAUGAUCUGGAACCUGGUGCGGAAAACCAGCCCCUUCCUCGACCAGCGCUUCCAGGAUGCCGAGGAAAAAUUCAUGGAAGUGAUGUAUGGGACAAAGAAGACCUGCCUCCCGCGCUGGAAGUUUUGCAUCAGCGACACGGACAACAACCUGGGCUUCGCCCUGGGGGCCAUGUUUGUCAAGGCCACCUUCGCCGAGGACAGCAAGCAGGUGGCAGAGGAAAUGAUCACAGAGAUUAAAACAGCCUUCGAGGAAAGCCUGGAGACCCUGCAGUGGAUGGACGAAGAGACGAGGAGAUCGGCCAAAGAGAAGGCAGAUGCCAUCUACAACAUGAUCGGCUACCCCAAGUUCAUCAUGGACCCCAAGGAGCUGGAUAAAGUCUUUAACGACUAUGAGGCCGUGUCCGACCUCUACUUCGAGAACGUCAUGCAGUUUUACAACUUCUCGGCCAGGGUCACUGCUGACCAGCUCCGGAAACCACCGAACCGGGACCAGUGGAGCAUGACGCCUCCGACAGUCAACGCGUACUACUCUCCCACCAAGAACGAGAUAGUCUUCCCCGCCGGCAUCCUCCAGGCCCCUUUUUACACCCGUGCAUCUCCCAAGUCGCUGAAUUUUGGUGGGAUCGGCGUGGUGGUGGGCCACGAGUUGACGCAUGCCUUUGAUGACCAAGGCUGGGAAUACGACAAGGAUGGCAACCUGCGUCCCUGGUGGAAGAACUCCUCGGUGGAGGCCUUCAAGCGGCAGACAGCGUGCAUGGUGGAGCAGUAUGGCAACUACACCGUCAACGGCGAGGCUGUCAACGGCAAGCACACCCUCGGGGAGAACAUCGCCGACAACGGGGGCCUCAAGGCCGCCUACCGGGCGUAUCAAAACUGGCUGAAAAAGAAUGGGGAUGAGGAAACCCUCCCAACCCUCGGCCUCACCAACCACCAGCUCUUCUUCGUUGGCUUCGCGCAGGUGUGGUGUUCGGUUCGCACGCCGGAGAGCUCGCACGAGGGGCUCAUCACCGACCCCCACAGCCCCUCACGUUUCCGUGUCAUCGGCACUGUCUCCAACUCCUGGGAGUUUGCGGAGCAUUUCGGCUGCCCCCUCGGCUCCCCCAUGAAUCCCCCCAAGAAGUGCGAAGUCUGGUGAUGGGCAAGCACCCGAGGGAACCAAGCUGCCGGUUGCUUCAUCCUCUGCCGACGGCUGAAUUUCCCCGGUCCUUUUUGAGAGGCUCAAACCACUUCUCCAUGCAACGAACUGCCCAGCUCUCAGCCGGAGCGGCGCCCCGCGUCCCCGGUAUCGUCCGAGGUUCGAUCCACUGUGAAAACUCCUCAUCCCCUCGCUCGUUUGUGAAAUGACUUCGAUUUGGAGGUCUUUUCUUUUCCACCACGACCGGGUCACGUGUCAAGGCACGUGCGUCCAUGGGCACUACCCCGUAUUUACACACGCAGCGCUCCAGCCUGCCCCACCGCCCCGGCAAAAUGCCUCUUUUUUUCGGAGGCGAUCAAGGGAACGCCACGACACCGGCAGGUUUGGCUGCGUGUCUAAAUACACCCGACGUACCUUCCUCUCUCCAAAGAUGCGCACAUGAGGAUGGAAAAUAUUUUAAGAUAUAUUUUUGGGGGGGGGAAUAUCUAUAUUUUUUUCACGCGUUGUGGACUACACUGGAAAAUUUCAGGGAAAAUGCAUUUUAAAGCCUUUUUUUAGUAAAAGAUUAGUAUAUUUAUUAAUUUUUUUUUAACUCAGUGCAGCUGUAGGUGCAGCACCCUGUGGUGACAGUCCCUCGGCUAGGGAAGCCAGAUGGGGCUGCCCGGGCUGCGGAUGCAACUAGCCAGCCCCGGAUCCCGGGUUUCUCCGGGAGGGAGCAUCCUCAGUGGAUACAGAUGGGGAAACUGGGGACAGCAGGCCUGGGGACAGGGCUGGAGGAUGCUGCGGGUUGCAGAAAGGCUCUGCCGGGAUGCUGUGGCUCCUGGGAUUAGCUUUAAUUUCAGAGUGCAAAGGGAAAAGUUGACGUGCCAAAGAUAGUAACCAAGGUGGUGACGGCGUGGAUGAAGCACCCGGUUCUCCCUCCUGUCCCCUCUGAAGCGAGGUCAGCUGCAAUUUCCCGGCCCAAAAGCUUCCCCGGACAAGCACGGGUGGUUCCUGCCGCUGCUUCGCUCGCCGCCAUGCCCAGCCUCUACGCCUGGGAAACUGCAAGCCCCGAAAUCACCACGCGGCCCCAAACCUCCAUCCCUCCGCGGCUGGUUUGGCACCGGUGUGCGAUCGGGCUGGGAUGGGGGUGAGGGGCUUUCUUAAGGUUGUUUUUUUGUUGUUGUUUGUUUUUUUUUUUUAAUAUUCCUUUUACGGUUUUGAGAGGAAACCACUGACGGUAGCUCAGGUGCUGCGUGUUGUCUCGUGGGGCACCUUCUUGCUCUAGACAAAGCAAAGACGUAGAGGGAUUUUUAAUAUUUAUAUGUAAAAGGAGGGAGGGGGGGACAUUUUUUUGUAACUAUUUUUUCACCCUACACGUGGGGCUUAUCGUAAUUGAAAUAAUAAAUACUUUUU